AUGGAGGAGGAUCACGUGGGCAGAGGAGACAUGACCAGAAAUCAGAGGAGAGAGGAAGCGCGUCAUCACGCACACUGGGACUUCCGACGCCGCCCUUUCACAAUGCCGCACGCCGCCCGCCUCCUCUCGCAGCUGGACUCUCAGAGGGAGUGGGGCUUCUUGUGUGACGUCCUGGUUGCUAUCGGUGACACUCAGUUCCGAGCGCACCGCUGUGUGCUGGCCGCCUGCAGCGCCCUCUUCAGGAUGAUGUUCACUCACACAGACAGCAGGGGGCAGCAGCGAGUCGACCUCAGCCACACAGGCCUCAGCGCCACCAGCUUCGACAGAGUACUGCAGUACAUGUACCGAGGGAGUAUUAGUACUGUAGACAGUCUGGACUUUGAGGACCUGAAGUCGUCCAUGCAGCAGCUGCAGAUGUUCCAUGUCCCUCAGACCCUAGAAGAACUGAGACCAGACCCAGGACCAGACCUGGGUCCAAACCAGGAGGGACCAAGACCAGGACCAGAGACCAACAGCUCCACUGGAAACAGGGCUGUGGUGCAGGUUUCUGGUCUCUGUUCUGAGCUGGUCUUCUGCCCCAGUCGUCCCAUCUCUGUGGAGGAGCUUCUGGCUGUGGCCCCUCCCCCUGGUGCUGUGGCCCCUCCCCCUGGUCCAGUGGCCCCUCCCCCUGAGGCUCCAGAACCAUGCGAUCUGCGGCGGCCGCUGAGGCGCCCUGCGGAGCGGCUGAGGGAGAGGCCGCGCUUUGGCAGAACCUUCACCUGCGACGACUGCGGCUUCGUCUUCAGCUGCGAGAAACUCCUCAUCGAACACAUCCUCACCUGCACCAACCGCAAGAACCCCCCAGGAGCCAGGGACCAGAGCAGAGACACAGUCCAUCUAUUUCACACUGACACCGAGUCCAGUCCAGACUCCAACGAGACCAGAGUGAAGUCCGAGACCGAGGACUGGACCAGAUCUGAACCAGGACCAGCUACAGUGAAGAUCGAAGUUGGGGAAGAACCAGAACCAGGACCAAUCUCAGCCAAAAGGAUCAAACUGGAACCUGGUUUGGACCAGGAUCCGGAGUCUCGCUGUGAGCUGUGCGGACUCCAGCUGGAGCACCAGGAGAUCUCCUCCCACCUCCUGUCCUGCCACACCAGCCACAUGUGCGCCUGUGGCCGCUGUGGUCAGGUUCUCAUCAAAGGUCGACAGCUGCAGGAGCAUGCACAGAGGUGUGCUCAGAACCAAGACCAGGACCAGGACCAGGAUCAGGACCAAAACCUGGACCAGGACCUGGACCAGACUUCAGACCAAAGCCAGGACCCAAGCCAGGACCCGAGCCAAGAACCAGACCUUCCAGACCUCCAGGAAAACCCAGAGAACCAGGAGAACCCAGAGGAGGAGUCCGAGGAGGAGGAGCAUGAGGACGAGGACCUGGAGGCUCUGCAGCUGAUGGACAACUGUGAGAAUGCCGGCGCCUCAUUGGCCGGCCUGAUGCCUGCUGCCUUCUCAUUGGAGGAUUCGCGCCGACGUCACUUCUGUGGGAUUUGUGGGCGGGGCUUCUUCCAGCGAUGUCAUCUGCGAGAACAUUACACGGUCCACACCAAACACAAGCAAUUCAGCUGUAACACCUGCGGCAAGGGGUUCCUACGGCAACGGCAGCUGCGGCUACACCAGGACAUGCACCAAGGAGUGGCUCGUUACGUGUGUCCAGUCUGUGAACAGGGGACUUUCCUGAAACAAGAUCACGUUCGUCACAUGAUCUCACACCUGUCUCCAGGAGAAACCAUCUGUCAGGUCUGCUUCCAGAUGUUCCCAGGCCUGGAGCAGCUGGAGCAGCACAUGGAGGUCCAUCUGUACGUCUGCUCCGUCUGUGGAGACAAGUUCAGACUCAGGAAGGACAUGAAGACACACUGCAGCAGCGUCCACAACAAGAGGAUUUGA